AUGUGGGCACUUGACGAGACCGCACUCGACGUUGUGCAGCGGACAUGGUACGAUCACCCGUUCGUAAGCCAGAUUGGUGUGGUGGAUGCGAUGUUCCCCGACGGCAUCCAGUCGAGGUCUGUCGUGGAGGUCUACGGAGAUGCGCAAAGUCCCAAGAGCUUGCUGCUGCAACAUGUGUGCGCCGCGUAUCUUGUCCACGACAAGCGCACCCAAGUUCACUACUUUGAUCACGAGUGUAUGGUGGACGCAAACGAGAUGCGGCAGCUUGUACAGGCAUGCAUGUCAUCGAACGGUCAUGAUGGCAAUGACGACGACGUGGAUGGGACCAUGGAACGCCUGUUCGUGUAUCAUGCCGAGACGAGCGACGAUUGGAGUGCCAAGCUACACACCGUCCACACGAAGCUACUUGCCCAGUCCGGUGUGUUGCCGGUCAUUGCGGUCGAUUGCAUCGGAUCGUUUCAUGCGAUCGACAAGAUGAUUCAGCAUCGCCUGCAGGACACCUCGUACCGCAAACCCGUCAACGUGUACGGCCAACUCAAAGACCUGGUGCGACAGCAUUCCGCCACGAUCUUUGCAGCCAAGAACUGUACGUACGCAUCCCCAUAACUUGAUCCAUCCCCAUCCAUCGCACCUAAAUUAGGCGACGCCGUCGGGACUGGAUCAAAACAUGUUGAAUCCAUGCCAUCUGAAUGGACAUCUCAAGUGACCAAGCGUCUUCACGUCCGCCUUGUGCGAGGCUCGUCGUUUCCAUCGUAUGAGAUUAAAACUGACAGCCACACCCGCGCCUUCCGCGCUACGGACCACGGCCGUCUCGACGACAUUUCAACAGUGUGAUGAUACUCUCCUUCUUUGGUUUAUUUACAUGCUGGCAGCCUGCCCAAGCUCCGUCAUGUGCUGAUGGAACAUGAUCUCAUGCUCUUCCGUGAGUCGUAUGAUGCGGUCGCUGGCUUGGGCGCGCUCGAAGCCAAAGAUUUUUUCCAGCCGAGAUCGCUCGUUCGUGUCUGUAGCUCGCCGCAGAAUCACAUCGCGCUGCUCUUCCGCCGCUUGCUCUUCUUCGAGUACAUGGAGAAGCUGUUGGUUCUGCCGCCGCCGGUAUAUGGCCACUUGUUCGUCCAGCGUCGUCGUCGUCGGUUGCUUGUGCAUCACGUCGGGUUCUUGAGCUGGAGACUCGUUCGAUGUAGAUUGUGCCAUGUCCUUGUCGGACGGGUAUCGUGAGAUGCGCCGACUGAUGACCCUGCAUACAUAUAUAUACAUACAUAUAUCCAGUUAGUAGCGUGAUUGAUAAUAUGCGACAACGUGAAAUAAAUAUAAACAACCGUGAGCA